GUUCAGGGACAGGCUGCAGAGGUGCAGACCAGACUGUCUUUACUGGUCCAGGCUCUAAGUUCAGCGAGACAAACAGUGAGCAGCUCACCUCUGGCCAGCACACUGCACAACAACAUCAGUAAAAUACACAGCCUUGGCCAGAUCCUGCACAGCCUCCACUUACAGCAGGCCAAGUCCUUAGUUCUUCCAGAUGAUUCAGCUCAUACCAGCACACAGACACAGGAGGUCUCCUCUCUCCCAGAAAUUCUGAAGGUGCAGAGCAGUUUCCUGCGAGGGAAAGUCAGACUCCUGCUUUCAGCUGCACCAGCCUGUCAAAAGCAAAACAGCUGA